AUGAACGCCGCCGCCCCCGGCUCGACGACCGCGUCGACGGCGGUGAGAAUAGUAAGCAUCUCCGCGGCCCAAAACAAGCGCGGCAAGGACUGCUACGAGGGCGGCAUGGGCGCGGGCCACUUCACGUGGUACAAGGACAUGGGCGGCAACUCGAACUGGAUGUACCUGGCCGUGACGAAUGCCACGGACCACCACGUCUCCCUAGCUUUGUGGCUCCUCUACGAGGCGGCGACGGAGCCGCUCGUCGAUCCCCUCUGCACGUCGGGCGACAUCCAGGUGGGCUUCUUCAACCAGUCCAAGAACAUGAACCGGCAGGUGCCAUUAUUCGAGCUCGCCGAGGAGUCGAAGCCGAUGUUGGAAAUGGCCUCCGGGGAAGCCGCGACUCUGAAAGUGAGGAUCAAUGAUUUGAGUUCGCACCACCAGAACCAGCGCUUCAUCCUGGUCGCCGGUCCGGCGGACGCGCCGAUCCGAGGGUCUCGCUCCGUUCCUAUUGAGAUUAUGUCCAAGCCUCGACUCGAAGACAAGGUGAAGGAGGAGAAGCCCUCGCGGAAGCGGGCCAGCGCGGGCGACGGGCCGGCGUCGAAGCGAGCGGCCCUCGACGUGAACGCGUCGACGCCCUCGACGCUCUUAGCAGCUUUAUCUGCUGUGACGGACCCCAAUCCUACACCUCAGAGGCAGGCCGACCUGGCCUGCACCUUGUUGAGUGCCUUGCCGGCUCCGGUGAAGCACACGGUCGCGGAACGAUUGCUGCGGUCUCUGGAAAAACCCGUGAAGAUGGCGAUAUUCGACAAACUCGCGGCCGAUUUACAGUUAGACGGCGGCGACGCCCAAGCGAGCAAGAAGGGCCCGCGCCCGAAGUUCAAGUCGCUCGCGAAGGCCAUCGUCGAGUUCAAGCGGAACGAGCUCGGGCACAAGCGCGCGCGGUCCGAGGAGGGCGUCGGCGUGCUGUCCGAGGACGAGCUGAGGAGCUUCUUCGUCGACGAGGGCGGGGGGUCGCUCUUCGACUCGCUCUCGCCGCGGACGGGGGACGCGUGA